AUGGAGACUAAACUAACCAGCACGAGCGCUGCUAAACAUCGCGUAUACGCCGAUGCCGAUCAUGCCCCGGUCACCUCAAUCCUCGCGGAUGGCGAUGUGCCAUAUGCAGACCAUGAGAUGGACGCCGAUGAGCGGGUGAUCAUGGCCUUGGGUUACAAGCAGGAGUUCAAGCGUGAAUUCUCCCUGUGGACUACAUUCUGUGUCAGUUUCGCUGUUCUCGGCUUAUUGCCGUCGUUCGCGAGUACUAUGUACUAUGGAAUGGGUUACGCGGGAACGGCAGGUAUGGUCUGGGGCUGGCUCAUUGCUAUGGUUUUCAUCCAGUGUAUUGCGAUGUCAAUGGCGGAACUAUGUUCGGCCAUGCCUACGAGUGGCGGUCUCUACUAUGCUGCAGCAGUCCUCGCACCUCCCGGAUACGGUCCUUUCGCCGCAUGGAUGACUGGAUGGUCCAACUGGAUCGGCCAGAUUACGGCCGCGCCCUCGGUGGACUAUGCACUGUCUGCAAUGAUUCUGGCCGCAGUGUCGAUCAGCAAUCCCGACUAUGUUCCAACGAAUUGGCAAACAUUCCUGCUGACGACGCUCAUAAUGAUCAUCCAUGCGGGAAUCAGCAGCCUUCCUACGAAGCGUGUCGCACAAUUCAAUUCCUACGGGUCAACCUUCAACAUGAUCGCGCUCGUCGCGACCAUCAUUGUUAUUCCCGCUGCAACCAAGAAUGAGCCCAAGUUCACUCCAUCGAAGGAGGUCUGGGGCAAUAUCACGAACCAGACAGACUUCCCCAGCGGAGUCGCAGUGCUCAUGACCUUUGUCGGCGUGAUUUGGACGAUGUCCGGCUAUGAUUCUCCCUUCCACCUCAGCGAGGAAUGCUCUAAUGCCAAUAUCGCCUCUCCACGUGCCAUCGUCAUGACAUCCGGUGUCGGCGGAGUAAUGGGCUGGUUCCUGCAGCUCGUCGUGGCCUACACAGUUGUGGACAUCAGCGGGGUCAUCGACUCGGAUCUCGGUCAGCCCUGGGCCUCCUACCUGCUCCAGGUGUUGCCCCAGAAGGCGGCGCUGGGCAUCCUCGGGUUAACUAUCAUCUGCGGCUUCUCCAUGGGUCAGGGCUGCAUGGUCGCUGCGUCGCGAGUGACGUACGCCUACGCCCGCGACGACUGCUUCCCACUCUCGCACAUCUGGAAGAAAGUCAACACGCGCACGCAAACCCCCGUCAACGCAGUGAUUCUGAACUGCGUGCUGGGCAUUUUGAUGUGCCUGCUCAUCCUAGGAGGCACCGUCGCCAUCGGCGCGUUGUUCUCCAUCGGCGCCAUCGCACAGUUUGUCGCCUUCGCGAUCCCCAUCUUCAUCCGCGUCUUCUUCGUGGGUCAUCGCUUCCGCAAGGGGCCGUGGCAUCUGGGUCCGUAUGGUCCGUACAUUGGUGGACUAGGCGUUGCGUUUGUGAUGCUGAUGGUGCCUAUCUUGUGUCUGCCGAGCGUCACGAAGGGCGACUUGGCCCCAGACCUGAUGAACUGGACUUGCCUUGUGUAUGGUGCGCCGAUGCUGGCUGUAUCGAUCUGGUAUGCGGUUGAUGCGCGCAAGUGGUUUGUUGGUCCGGUGGUCAAUGUCGAGCAUUCCAUGCAUCCGAUUGUUAGCGAUGGCAUGGAGCCUGAGGAGCAUCCGGAGACAGAAGUCACCACGAGUUUGGCUAAGUCCGACGAGGACAAAUUAUAG